AUGAGGAUUGUGGUCUCACUCAUUCUGAGGCCAUCGCAGGCAACUAAAAGAGGAGCAAGUUCCCCAUUUCGCUUUCUUUUUCACUCUGACCUUCUCUGCUCUCCCCACAGGCUCAAUGAGUCCCUCCCCAGGGGAGUGAGGAUCAAAGGGGAUACCUUGCUCUUCCAGAGACCCCUCAAAACCGGAGACAAAGGGGUUUACAUCUGCCGAGUAUCCAACAGCUUUGCAGCCAAGGAAGUGAGGGCUGUGGUGGGCAUCAAAGAACUCCCAGCCCCACAGGUAGACGUGGUCUCCAUCUCCAUGAUCGGGGUGGGCAUCAUUUCGGUGGUCUUGCUCAGCCUCCUGAUUCUGGUGAUCAUCCUCAUGACAUGCUACCACAAGCGGAAGACCAAGCGCAUCACCAAGAAAUAUGAGGAAGAACUGACUUUGACCCGGGAAAAUUCAAUCCGGCGCCUGCAUUCGAGCCACAGCACGGAGACACGGCAUCAGAUCGAAGAAAACCUUCCCCUGAGGUCGGAGAGCCGGCAAGGGAGUUUCCGCGGGGACAGCCUGUGCCGGGACAGCAGACAGGGCAGCUUUCGCACAGACAGCUUCCGGGAAACCAGCCUCUGUUCAGUGAUGGGAGAAGAAGCCGAGGGACGCAGCUACUCAACCUUAUCAACCGUCCGGGAAAUCGAGACCCAGACCGAGCUUCCCCCGCCACCCCCAACCCCUGUCCCAGAAGAUCAGACGGAGGAGAAGGAGAAAGAGAAGGAGAAGGAGAAAGAGAAAGAAGAAGAGGAAGAGCGGAACGACGAAAACAAUAUCAAGCAAGCAAUGACUCACUUUGUCCAAGAGAACGGCACUCUCCGAGCGAAGCCCACCUCCAACGGCAUCUACAUUAAUGGGCGGGGACACUUGGUCUGACACUCGUGCCCCCUCCCUGCCGGAUUCCCAGAUCCGAGCCACUCUGAGCCCUCGUCCUAACUGCUUACUGGUGCCUCUUUUGGGGGGGGGGGCAAAGAUCUCAUGAGACUCAGGCCCUCUCCUUCUGAGCCACUGGUCCACCCCAGCCGCAGGCUCUCCACCUUGAGAUCUCCUGAAGGCCCCUUCCUUCUUCCCAAGACUUUGGCCAACGUAGAAGCCAACUUCUCCUCCAACGCGGAAGACAUCCUGAAGAUGCUCGGAAGCCACUUCAGGAACUGGGAGCCUCGGGUUUCCCCUGCCCCCCCCCCCUUCUAACUGUUCUGGGCUGCCUCUUUGUAUGAACUCAUUUUGGAGUCUUUUGUGGCCAGGGAUGACUCAGGUAGUGGGGGGAGAUGGACAAAGCGUUGGAGAAGGACAAGCGAGCUGUCCCUUCAGGGCUCUUCAAGUGACUCAGCUGGGCUCAGGGGCAAAAUCAUAGAAACUCCUGUGUCUUUUCUAGCAAUUAUUAUACUUAACUGUUGUUGCCGUUGUUAAGAUGGCCCUUGGUCCAUCUUUGGACAAAGGUUCCCACAGGCCACCAGCAGUUAAAAAGACGAGCUCAAUUUUAAUUAUUAUUUUUAUUUGUGUAUUAUUAAUAUGAACCGGGCAAGGAACAUUUUCCACUGUAAGUUUCAAGGACUUCCCAGAAAAUGCUGAAGAAAGUACCUGGAGACACCCACAGAAGUCUUAUUUCUGCUGGGUCAACGAUGUUCUGCUCGGCCUGCAUCAUGGGACCAGUGGUUCUACAACUCCCAAAGCCAUUUAGAGCAGAGGUCUCAAAACUUGGCAACUUUAACUUCUGGACUUCAACUCCCAGAAUUCUCCAGC